AUGAACAACCCCAAUAUUCCUCACACUCGCGCUCUUCUCAUUUUCCUUUCCCUCUUCCUUUCACUCGCAACCGCGAUCCAAACACCGUUGCUGGUUCAAACCUGCAAGAGAACCAGCGACGCCGCACUCUGCCUCUCGUCCCUCUCAUCAAACCCUAGGACACCCUCGGCCCGCGACGUCGAGACACUGGCUCGGAUAGAGCUCGACACAAUAUCAACCAAAACCAACGCCACCGUGGACAUCAUCAUUCAAUUGCUCAAAAAUACCACGGACGCGUAUAUGUUACGAGCCUAUGGGUCCUGCGUCGACACAUUCGGCGGAAUCGUGGUGAACAGGAUUCCACAGGGAAUUGCGGCUUUGAAUUCGAAAAAUUACGCGGAGGCGAAGAAUCAGGUUGGAUUAGUUCAGUCCGAUGUGCGGUUAUGCUUCGAACAUUUUUCCGAGAAGCAGCCGUUUACUAGUGGAUCUCAGCUUGUCAGUCGCUUGGCUGUCGCAAUUGCGGUUCCAACACCAUUGUUGAUUCAAACCUGCCAGAGAACCGACGACAACGCUCUCUGCCUCUCGUCUCUCUCGUCGGAUCCGAGGACCAGCUCGGCCCGCAACGUCGAGACACUGGCUUUGAUAGAGAUCAGCACCAUCACAGCCAAAACCAAUGCCACUUUGGAUAUGAUUGAUCAAUUGUUCAAAAAUGUCACGAACGCGGAUUUGUCUCGAGCCUAUGGGACAUGCAUUGACAGGUUUCGGGGGAUCAUGAAGAAUACGAUUCCACGAGGCAUCGCGUUAAUGAUUUCGGCAAAUUAUUUCGAAGCAAAGGAUGAAAUCAGACACAUUCAGUCCGAUGUGGGGAUAUGCUUAGAACAAUUUCGCGAAACGCAACCGUUUGAAAGUGGGGCUCAACUUAUGAUUCGUCUGACUGGUGUUGCCAUUGGAAUCAUUAACUUGUUGCAUUGA